CUUAUAUUGAUUAUAUUAAGGGUUAGAUCACUGGCGGGUUCAUGACAAGAAUAUGAACGAGUAUAAAGAUUAUCAUUCUGUACCAGAGAAUCUCAGAGGACAGAUCAGACAAGAAAUGUUUCCCCAUUCAGGAACACGAUAUCUUAAACUUGACCGAACUAUGCGCUUCCUUCCUCACCAUAACGACGACGGAGGCUUCUUUGUUGCCAUUUUUAGAAAAAUCCGCUAUUUUGAAAACAAGCAACCACGCGCGCAAAGAACUCCUGCGCCAACACCUUUAAACUCUCCGAUCUGUAUUCAGAAAACAAAGAACAAAUUUUACGCUGACUUUAAGGACUUGGACGACUUUAAGAGUAUAUUUGGUAUUGAACUAGACAACACAAAUCUUCUCACAUGGUCAGAGGAUCGCAAAAAAGCGCGAAAUGUGUAUUUUGUAAAUAAUGUGUUAAAGAACUUUGUUCGUAAUAACCCCAGUAUUGAUUGUGCAAUGUUGGGUACGCAAAUAUUUUGUCGAGAGGGACGUAAGAUGCGAUUUAAAUAUAAAUUUCUCUCUGGUAGUAUUCAUCUUCUUGGUAAUCUUAUAUCACACCGGAAAAUAGAAGUCUCGAGGACGGUCUUCGCUUCUCUCGUAUCGGAACCGUGUCCUAAACCCGAGGAUUUAUCUCCGACCGUCCUGGAGAAGAUACAAGGAUUGGAAUACGGAUUGGUUCUCUUCAAACUAAUUGACAGCAUGGAAAUGCUUCUAAUGCCAGCAUUUGUCAGCAAAAACAAGAUCGAAGUUAUGCUCAAGAAAGAAUGCAAAGAAAGUUUAAAACUAUUAUUAGAGGAUUGAAAGUUCGAUUUGCAAACUAAAUUUAUAUCAAGAAUGCUGUGGUUUAACUUAUUAUAAUUAUGUAGAUUUUGAACUGUACAGUUUACAAUGUAUGGUCAGAAGGUCAAAUAUGAUCUCAUAAGAAAACGGGUUCAAGAACCAAAGACUAAACAAUUUUUUACUUUCAGA